AUCUCAAAAUCCAAUCUUUCUCUGCUCAUCCAGCGCAUGUGGUCAGCUGCUUGAUGCAAGAUGGUGAUGGCCGCAGUUGUAGGUCUGGCUGCCGGAAAAAGGUUUCCAAGAAGCUCUUUUUAUUCCUCAGAUUUUGCAGAAAAAAACAUUUUUUCUGAUCAUAAAACUGUUCGGCCAUCAACAACUUCAAAUAUAGCCAUUAUAUUUGCUCAAAAGUCAUCAAAUUUUUGCACGGAAGCUUCAGCACACAGACAAUCAAAACCCAUCAAAGCUCUUAUGACACAUGUCGAUACUUACGCCCCCUCCGCCGCUCAUAACUCGUUCGACAUCUCCGGCGGCGGUGCCGUCGAGGAUCACGGCGGUGACAUCGAAUCUUCCCUCGAAGCCCUAAUCUUGUUGCAGAAAUCCAUGUUGGAGAAGCAAUGGGAGCUCUCAUUCCGACAUGUGAGGAGUGCUGCAACUAGUACUGAGAGGAAGGCGGGGGUUGCUCCAUCUGGGAUCUCGGCGGAGCAACGGAGAGCGGAGAGGAGGAGGAGGAAGUUUACCCAUCAGAAUGCUUCUGAAGAACUUAUGAACAAAGGGGAGAAGCUUUCUUCUAUUGUUAGUGCUGAGUUUCAGCAGAAUGGUUUAAGAGGUUAUGUGAGGGGUAAUCCAAGUGAAGCUCUGCUCAGACAUUCAGAGGUAGUUCAUUUAUCCAAAAAGAUUAAAGCUGGUCUUUUGUUGGAGGAGCAGAAAGUAAAGUAAGCAUCUUUUCUUAUU